UCUUCCUGGCCUCUUUCCCUUCCCUCUCGCCAUCUGUUGCUUCUCCUCCCUACUUGGCAUUUCCCUCUUAAAAUCCUCCCUCGCUCUCUCACCUCUUAAAUCCCCGUCGUUCCCAUAUAUAAGGCGGGGACCCAUAAGCCGAAGAGAAGGAAGAAGGAGCCAAAGCACAUGCACUCGAAAGAUCUCCGUCGUGACACUUUCGCUGGAUAAGUUUCUAGCUACUUCGCCAUCAAUAUGGGUUCUCCCUCAUCCGAAGCGAAGGGUUUGGUUUUAUGUGUACUUUCCAUGGUGGCUUGGUCAGGCUUAUCGCUGGUUGCUCGAGCGAGUGACUUCAACAAGGACUUUGACAUCAAUUGGGGCGAUGGACGUGCCAAAAUACUCGACUCCGGAGACGUUCUCACGCUCUCUCUCGACAAGGACUCCGGUUCCGGCUUCCAAUCCAAGAACCAGUACUUGUUUGGGAAAAUCAACAUGCAAAUUAAGCUAGUCCCAGGGAAUUCAGCCGGCACCGUCACCUCCUACUACUUGAAAUCGGAGGGGACAUCGUGGGAUGAAAUAGAUUUUGAGUUCUUGGGGAAUUUGAGCGGUGACCCUUAUGUGAUGCACACCAAUGUGUACACCCAAGGCAAAGGCGACCGAGAGCAACAGUUCUACCUUUGGUUCGAUCCCACCGCUGAUUUCCACACCUAUUCGAUCCUUUGGAAUCCACAGACCAUCAUAUUUUCCGUGGACAACACACCCAUCAGGGAGUUCAGGAACCUGGGGUCAAACGGCGUGGCCUUCCCAAAGAGCCAGCCGAUGAGACUCCACUCCACGCUGUGGAACGCCGACGAUUGGGCCACGAGAGGCGGCCUCGUGAAGACGGAUUGGAGACAAGCUCCGUUCACGGCUUCCUACCGGAGCUUCAGCGCCGAGGCCUGCGUUUGGGUCUCCGGGUCGUCGUCCUGUGGCCCCAUGGACCAGCCGGGGUGGUUCACGGCGAAGAUGGACGCAGAUGGACAAGCGAAAAUGAAGUCGGUGCAAAGGGAAUACAUGAUCUAUAACUACUGUACCGACACUAAACGCUUCCCUAGUGGAUUUGCUCCCGAGUGUGCUAUCAUGUAAAGAGCUUAUGAGGUGUCGUAUUAUAUGUGUGGCGUGUAUAGUGUGCAAGAAUAAUGGCAACCCGAGAGAUGUGCUGAUAUUGGAUGUGUAGCACUUAAUAUGAAUAUAUGUAUUUUGUGAUGUGGUCUUUGGUUUAUGAAAAAG